AUGAAGACCAGGCUGCUGUUUCUACUCGCGACGCUCCUUUAUCAGGAUGCAAGAUGCGAACCGCCAGUAGACUCAGCAUCACUACCACUGGAGCACCGUGGUGGCGCGUACGGCCCUCCACUCCCGCCACAGACAGAUGACCCCUGGCCAUUGACCUCACCUGACAGUCCCAAAAUCAAACAUCUACAAGUCCAAUGUGAAAAAACUCAUAUGCGUGUCAAUAUUGAGUUCGAUAGACCGUUUUAUGGUAUGAUAUUCUCGAAAGGAUUCUACAGCGAUUCACAUUGUAUGCACUUAAAACCGGGAACCGGGCAUCUCAGCGCUACUUUCGAGAUCUUCCUUAACAGUUGUGGUAUGAGCAGCUCCGCUAACCACAAUGUAGCAGCAUAUGGAAGCCCUACCCCUAGCGGAUCGUACGUAGAAAACACAAUUAUUGUGCAGUACGAUCCUUACGUUCAGGAAGUAUGGGAUCAAGCGAGGAAAUUAAGAUGCACAUGGUACGACUUUUAUGAAAAGGCUGUCACUUUCAGACCGUUCCAAGUCGACAUGCUACAUGCGGUUACGGCAAACUUUCUCGGAGACAACUUGCAAUGCUGGAUGCAAAUUCAAGUGGGAAAAGGACCCUGGGCUUCAGAGGUGUCUGGUAUAGUAAAAAUUGGUCAGACAAUGACUAUGGUACUUGCAAUUAAAGAUGACGAGAACAAAUUUGACAUGUUAGUAAGAAACUGUGUUGCACACGAUGGUAAAAGAGCGCCAAUCCAAUUAGUAGAUCAAUAUGGAUGCGUAGUUAGACCCAAAAUUAUGAGCAAAUUCCAGAAGAUUAAGAACUUUGGGCCUUCCGCUUCUGUCGUAUCGUUUGCAUACUUCCAAGCUUUUAAAUUCCCAGAUUCUAUGAAUGUCCACUUUCAAUGUGUUAUCCAAGUAUGUAGAUAUAAUUGUCCCGAGCCUAAAUGCGCUGGGCUCGGUGCCGAUUAUGGAGUGCCAUUAUUGGGAGGUAACACAUUGGGAGCAGGUGAAUAUGGCCUCCCUAACGGUGAAUACGGACUUCCUCCAUCCCCACACGCUGAAUAUGGUGUUCCACCCGCGUAUCCAGACCCUAGGCAUCCCGCAGACUCAUCAGGUGCUUACUCUGAAAAACGAGACGACACUGUUCCUCCACCACAAGCACAGGCUUCAUCUACACCUAAUGCUCCAAGUCCUUCCUCACCAUCACCAAAUAGAAAUGAUGAAGACGACGUCAACCUUCCUCCACCACCACCCCCGGGACGACGUGGCGUAUACAACACAGUCAAGAGGAAAGAUGAAGGACACGGUAAUCUGGCAACGUUGGGUGGCCGACCGCGAUCUGUUGAAGAUUUACCCGAAACAUUAGUAGGAGUAAGAAGAAAACGUGAAACAUCGACACCGUCACGUAUCUAUAAACGAGAUGCUCAAGAAAUGACCGACGUAAAUACAAGCAGAACGAUACAAGUGGUGGCGCCAGGUGAUGUUAACUUUGCUUUAAAUAAUGCUGCUACCAACGAAACAGUUGUGAUUCAAUCUCCAGCAACUGAUCCAGAAACGAUAUGCAUGUCAGUGCCAUCAUUCGUGGCAGGUUUGGUCAUGUUAUUAUUAGUACUGGUAGUAGCGUCACUGGUAGCUGCUUUUCUCUUUGUGCGGGUGCGGGCGCUGGAUAGAAAAGGAACACACGGCGCCACCGCUUACUAUGAGACGGACUAUGUGAAGCAUACGAACUAG